UCCUUAAAAGGUACUUCCUUUUCAUACCCUAAUUCCAAUUUCCGUUCGAUUUUUCCUCUCUCGAUUUCGUAGGGUUUCCUACAAGAUUUCAAUUUUCCGUCUUUCUUUCGUUUUUCUCUCGUUGUUUUUUUUUGGGUUUUCGCUGAAAAAAAAAUACCUACUUAAUUGUUUUAUGAGCUGCUUUGCCCUUGUAUCAUAGACAAGUUCGAGUCGCACUGAUCUCAGCUAGCCGGAAAAACCAUAACUUGACCGGAAAACGCCGCCGGUGUUGCUCGUCGUAGGAAGAAAGGCCGCCAUAAACAGUGACAACUCCAGCUGUAGGCAUGAGUAUGAAUGCGUUCAAGGCAUAUAAAGCCUGUGUCCCAAUUGCUUAUAGCCCCAAUCUCUAUAUAACUCUUGUGAGGGGAAUUCCCGGGACCAGGAAGCAACAUAGGAAGACUUUGGAAGCACUACGCCUUGGCAAAUGCAACCGAACUGUCAUGCGAUGGAACACACCCACUGUUAGGGGAAUGAUCCAACAGGUCAAGAGGUUAGUUGUUGUUGAGACAGAGGAGAUGUACAAGGCUCGCAAAGAGAAGGAGGAAGCCCACCGAGCUGUUCGUCCUCCAUUGGCCAUAAACCACCAACCUGCUUCUGCUUAGGGUACUUUCUAAUGUUUGUUGUGUUCUUAAAGAUGUGGUCUUCUUACUACUAAAACUUUCAAAUGCCUAGAUUGUGCCUCAAAAGGUUAACUUGCUUUGGAGACCAUGUUUUAGUUUUGAAUCCAUAACUUUGAAGUUUCUUCAAUUGAUGCAGCAUUAGUCAAAUUUAGGCAUCUGUUUGAAAACAGGAUAUCAAAUUUCAGUCUAGAAUAAUUUAUUCCAUAAAUGCUUAUUCCUUUAGGGAACAACUUACAGUCUAGUUGGGUUUUGUUAUAUUAUAUACUACCCGCCGUCCUUAAUUGGUAUUGUUUUUCCAA